AUGUGCUAUUGUUUUCUAGGAUCGAUCGCUGAGCAGCGCCGUAGGGUACCUAACGAGCGUCGUCACGCGCCGGUCGUUGGUGCGUCGAUAUCGGUGGCACGUCGCGUCGCGAGUGCUAAAUCGCCUGUCGCAACAGUCGGUGCUCGCCGGAGUCGCGCGACUCGGCUAGCACGCCCCGCCACAGUCGUGGAUAACCUCGGCCAGAGCCCCCUACCGGUGAAGAGGCUGCACGAAGCGCUUCAGAGUGCGCAGGUGAAGCGCCAGCGGCUCUCCCCCCCGUACCCCGCCCCGCCCGGCCCCCUGCACCCGAUACACCAACUCGCCGUGCACCAGCACAUCAAGGUGCAGCAGAGCAUCGUGCAGCAGAGUAUCGUGCAGCAGCAUCAGCUCACGCUAGCCCACCAGUCGCUGCAGAAUCUGCAGGCGCAGCAGAGCCUCCAGGCAGCGCAGAGUUUGCAGGCGCAGAGUUUGCAGGGUCAGGGGCUCCAAGCGGCUCAGAGCCCGUCCUCCACAGGCGGCGCGUCCACGCAGCAGACAGGAGCAACGCAGGGUGCACUUGUGUCGCCGCAGCAGUCUUCGCCGCGUGCCAACUCGCCGCAGCACAAGAACAUGGAGCUCGCACUGUGCCAGAGCAUGGACUCCGUCAACACCGCCACCACCGAGGAGGAGGUGGGUACUUCAUUAAUA